UUAGGGGCCCGUACAUCUACAGCUUAGUCGGCUUUCUCCUAGUUGUCUCGCGCUAUACUCUCUCGCUCGGCCCACAGAGACAGCCCUGGAGCUCCUCUCUCAAAGUUCGCUCUUCCUGGUCGCUCUCGCCGUCCAGGAACCCUCAUCUCUCACUCUGGACGGAGGAUAGCAGGUAAUAGUGAGUUUUAAAGCUUGGAAAUGAGCCUGAGGAAGCUAUUGGCUGAGGCAGCAUUGAAAGGAGUGACAGAGGUAAGAGCACAGAUAUUUGGUCAUGUUUUGAAUCCCACAGGCCAAAGGUCUCCUCAUAAGUUAUUGAGGAAGAAAUUAAUUGGUGAGAAGGUUGCUUCAUGGUACCCUUACGACAUUAAAAAAGAGGAUCCCCUCGUUAUGGGCCGGCAAGAACACGAGCGGUUAGCUAAGCUUGAAAUGUUGAAGCGACGUGGAAAGGGACCACCCAAGAAGGGCCAAGGCAGGCGUGCGGUUAAGCGCAAUAAGUGAGACUGUUUAUUGGCUUCAGGUGUUACUGCCAAGCUAAAGUAGACCAUGAGAUCAAGCAAUUUUGUCUCAAAAUAGGAGUUAAGCUCUCUUGGUAUUAUUCAGUUGAUGUUGCUUCCCCGCAAGCCGAGUCAUUCUGGGACGGAUGAAUUACCCAAAAAAGUGGGUGACUCUGUUCUGGGUCCUGAAAGUAUUUGUAUUUUUUAAUUCAGACCUGGCAGAGUUGGCCCUCUCUUCGGCUUGGGAGUGCGGCAAGUCCGAGUCCAAACCUGGGUUUCAAAUAUUGGUGUUAGGUGGUUUUAUGACUUUUAUUCCGUGUUAUUCAGUCUAAUUUAUUAUUUUUGUGUCUUAGAGCGCAACAGAGUUCCCCUUGAAGUUUGGAUUUCUUAGCU